ACAGAUUUUUUUUUUGUGAAUCUUAUUACAAUAAUUGUCACGACUCAUUUCUCCAAACCGAGGUGCUCCGCUGCAACAGCAGGGCACACUUUAAACCCACCUAAACUUUCUGUUUCCGGGGAACCUAUGAGGAUCACGCAAAAAAAAAAAAAAAAAAAAGGACUUUACAGCUGAUUUGUGAGUCUUCAUGUGUCCGUGGGUGUUUCCGAGAAAAGUAGAGGAGAUGCGUUUUCUUGUGUGGAUUCCUAUGCUUCUAGUGCGCAAGUGCCUCUUUAUAUAGACGUGAGGUGGGUGACACUAUUUUCUCGGACACUCUUCGGAAAUGUCCAUUAUGUGGCUCCAGGUGUUAACGGACCCAAUGGCUCCUGCUGGGAUCAAACCUGCCACCCUGCAGUCGCAGCAGAGUCUCUCCCUCCAAUAGGUGGAUCUGCCAUCCUUCCUCGAAAACAACCUGUGGACAGUCACACCGCGUGGAUUUCUGUGCAUUUUUUUUUUUCUUCCACUCGUGAACAUCCUUUUAACAACUUUUCUCGGGGUGGGGGGGAUGGAUUUAAUUGGUUCCAACUGUCAUACCUUCACGUUUCUUAACAUGACUUUAAUCUUUUUAUGCACUCCUGCCAUGUAUUCGGUGGCUUCGGUGGAUUUUUGACAGCUUUCUGGUGAGAAUUGAGAUCCUCUGCACACUUUAAAAAGAGUUGUAGCCUAAAUCUCGUCGGCUCUCAUGGGACUGAGGCAUUCGUCGCGUUGUUUGCUGCUACGGCGGAAGAUGGCGGAGGCGGACAGCUCCGAGCGGCAGCAGCCUGUCACGUCCCCGCUCUCUCAGUCUGCCCAGCCCUCCCCACUGCCCAAACCAGUGCCUACCACGCACCAUGUGCCCUGCAUCCCCCAUGCGCCUCACGUAGCGGGCCUGGCAACCUGUCCUGGUCGAGGCAAGACAGCGAAGUUCAUCAGCCCAGAGGAAAUGACAUCACGCGACUACUACUUCGACUCUUACGCCCAUUUUGGCAUCCACGAGGAGAUGCUGAAAGAUGAGGUGCGGACGCUGACCUACAGGAACGCCAUGUACCACAACAAGCAUGUUUUCAAAGAUAAGAUCGUCUUGGAUGUGGGUAGCGGUACGGGGAUCCUCUCGAUGUUUGCUGCUAAUGCUGGCGCCAAACACGUGUAUGGGAUUGAAUGUUCAAGUAUAUCUGAAUAUUCUGAGAAGAUCAUCAAGUCAAAUCACCUACACAACGUCAUUACCAUCUUCAAGGGCAAGGUGGAGGAGGUGGAGCUGCCCAUGGAGAAGGUGGACAUUAUCAUCUCAGAGUGGAUGGGCUAUUGCCUCUUCUACGAGUCCAUGCUCAACACUGUCAUCUUCGCCAGGGACAAGUGGCUGAAACCUGGCGGCCUGAUGUUCCCUGACAGAGCAGCUCUGUACGUGGUGGCCAUUGAGGACCGGCAGUACAAAGACUUCAAGAUUCAUUGGUGGGAGAACGUGUAUGGAUUCGACAUGAGCUGCAUUCGCAAUGUGGCCAACAAAGAGCCUCUGGUGGAUGUGGUCGAUCCAAAACAGGUUGUGACUAACACCUGCCUCCUGAAGGAAGUGGACAUCUACACAGUGAAGCCAGAGGACCUGUCCUUUACCUCAGCCUUCUGUCUGCAGAUCCAGCGCAACGAUUACAUCCACGCCUUGGUCACGUACUUCAACAUCGAGUUCACAAAGUGUCACAAGAAGACCGGCUUCUCCACUGCUCCAGAUGCCCCCAACACACACUGGAAGCAGACUGUGUUUUACUUGGAGGACUACCUAACUGUCAAAAAAGGAGAAGAGAUCUUUGGCAGUAUUGCUGUCCGGCCAAAUGAGAAGAACGUGCGUGACCUGGAGUUCACCCUGGAGCUGGACUUUAAAGGACAACUCUGUGAGGCGGCCAUUUCCCACGACUAUAAAAUGCGUUAGCUACCACAACAACAACCAACCAACUACCCUCAGCACUCUGGGACCAGCUUGGAGAAAAUGAAGAGAGAGCACAGGCUCUCCACAAGCAGUCCAGCUGGCGGGGGAGAGAGAGAGAGAGAGAGAGAGAGAGAGCGACCAGACGCAUCGGAUUGGAUGCCGCCAUACCAGCAACUUUGUGAUGUCAUCAGACGAGAAGAGUACGUGUCAGCAAUAGUGCCAUCACCUGCACCAACUUGAUCAGCUCGGGCACAUCGUUGAAUGUAACAUCCUAAAUGGACUUGAUUUGUUUCUCAUCUCACUAGUUUCUGGGAUUAUUUGGAGUAUACACGGAGAACAUUAAGUAGUCUUUAUAUUGUGAGUGCAGAUAGUUAGAAAGCCUUGAGCAGUGUGAUGUUGAGCAGUUUAAAGCAAGGUCACUGUUUUCCAUUAUUCAUUUUUAUGAUUAGGUACGCACUGUUUAAUUGUGAGGACGGAAAAGUCAUUUCUUGUGUUUUGCUUCAUUUACUUUUUGCUUGUGCUCAUUUUUUUUUUUUUUUUUUUUUUGCUGCUGCGUUGAUAUUGGAAAGAAAUGUUAUUUAUUUGUGUCUUUAAUUGAGAACUCGACUUUGGUGCCGGAGCAACACAGAACAAUGCCUCAGAACAGUAACAUGAACACAGAUGCAAUAUGUCGUGUACCACUUUGUUUUUUGACAUCUGACAGAGUAUGAAAAAAAAAAAAAAGAUGACAAUGAAUAAAAUAUCGAAGAA